GGACCCAUAUUCCUGGAGAGCUGUUUUGGGUGUGCACAACCUGUGGAAACACGACGAACACACAGCAAAAAGAAAUAUCAAAAGCAUCACUGUGCACCCAGAAUUCAAGAGAGAAACGUUUGAAAAUGAUAUUGCGUUAUUUGAACUGGAAUCUGCAGUACGCUACAGUGACUACAUCCAGCCUGUCUGCUUACCUCCUGCGUACCCUGCCCUACACACUGACAAUGAGACAGGCUGCUUCAUUAGCGGCUGGGGACGGACAGCAGAAAAAGGGAAAACUUCAGCUGUGUUAAACGAAGCACAGGUGGAAAUCAUUCCUUCUAGCGUCUGUAAUCGUUCCGAUGCCUACGGAGGUCUGAUUAGCGACAACGUCAUUUGUGCUGGCUCUCCGUUAGGAGGCAUCGAUACCUGCCAGGGAGACAGCGGCGGACCUUUAGCGUGCUAUCACCCUCGCACCAACAAAUAUUAUCUCAUAGGGAUCGCUAGUUUUGGGAUUGGCUGUGGCCGACCAAAAUUCCCUGGGAUCUAUGUCCGUUUAUCUCAAUACAGAAGAUGGAUAAAAUCAGAACUUGUGUUGAGUAACAAGGCUGGGAAUCCUGUGAGCUUUACACUUUCCAUCUUUCUGACCGUGAUACGUAUCGUCCUUGCGUAG